AUGGAGUGGGUGAACGACUCGCACAUGGCGUUCCCCGGCAGCUGGCACGACGUCAUCCUCACCCCGCGCAACACGGACACCUUCACCCACGUCAUGUCGUACACCAUCCGCGGCCUGCCACGCGCCUCCAUGUUCGAGGCCAUCGUGCAGGCCAAGAACCGUUACGGCUGGAACGAGGUGUCCGACAUGUUUCAGUUUUACACCCGCGGAGCCGGUGAGUAUGACUCAGGUAUGGGCCAACGAGAACCGGAGAUGGCGGAGCGGGAGUUGAGCGCGGCCAACCUCUCCAACUCGGGCCCGCUGCGCGGCCCGCCGCGCCGCACCGCCGCCGCCGCCGCCGCCCUUCGCAGCCGCCUUCGCCCGCGCGUUCGCCCGCGCCCAGGGCGCUGGCGUUGGCGCCGUAGCCGGCCCAGCAGUCACCAUCGCCGUCGCCGCCGCCCCACGGCGGCAGCGCGCUCUCUCUGA